AUGCAAACAAGACUCUUGCAACCACCCACGAUUCGAGUGAAUCUGUUGCUGUUGCACAUCGUGUUCGUCAUCAUCAUCGCCAUCGCUGGUAUAUGUCAAUCAGCGGAUGCAGAUAGACAGCCGAACAUCAUCUUCAUUCUGGCGGAUGAUCUGGGUUUCAAUGAUGUUGGCUUUCGUGGAUCAGCGCAGAUUCCCACGCCCAACAUCGAUGCCUUGGCAUAUUCGGGUCUCAUACUGAAUCGUUACUAUGUCAAUCCCAUUUGUACACCUUCCCGCUCUGCUCUCAUGACGGGUAAAUAUCCCAUACACACGGGCAUGCAACAUACGGUUCUCUAUGCCGCAGAGCCGCGUGGUUUACCAUUGGAUCUAAAAAUACUGCCACAAUAUCUCAACGAUUUGGGCUACACCUCGCACAUAGCCGGCAAGUGGCAUUUGGGUCACUGGAAGAGGGCCUAUACUCCAUUAUAUAGGGGCUUUAGUAGUCACGUGGGUUUCUGGUCGGGACACCAUGAUUACAAUGAUCACACAGCUGUGGAGCACGGUCACUGGGGUCUGGACAUGCGCAAUGGAACUGAUGUCGCCUACGAUCUGCAUGGUCAGCCCACGACGGAGGUAAUCACAAAGCACUCCCUUAAUGUCAUUGCCGCCCACAAUGCGACAAAGGGUCCACUUUUCCUUUAUGUGGCACAUGCGGCAGUCCAUUCCGGAAAUCCAUAUAAUCCGCUGCCGGCCAACGAUGACAUUGUCUCCAAGUUAAAUCAUAUAUCGAAGUACAAGAGACGCAAGUAUGCGGCCCUGGUUGCUGAAAUGGACGACUCUGUGGGCAAGAUUGUGGCACAACUGCAGAAGUAUCGCAUGCUGGAUAAUUCUAUAAUCAUCUUCUCCACGGACAAUGGCGGUCCAACUGACGGUUUCAACUUGAACUUUGCCUCCAAUUAUCCGCUGCGUGGCACGAAAAACACCCUCUGGGAGGGUGGAGUACGUGGUGCAGCCCUGGUAUGGUCACCGCGGCUGACAAAACUCCCACGAUUGUCGGAACAAACUAUGCACAUUUCAGAUUGGUUACCCACACUGGUAGAAGCAGCUGGCGGUGAGCAGGCACUUGCCAAUCUCAGUAAAGCCAAUCUGGAUGGAAUGAGCAUUUGGUCAGCCCUGGUAACAGAUGGCAUCUCACCACGUAAGACUAUACUGCACAAUAUCGAUGAUAUCUGGGGCAGUUCGGCACUCACCGUUGACGAGUGGAAGCUGGUGAAAGGCACUAACUACAAUGGAGCCUGGGAUGGCUGGUAUGGAAUGCCGGAAAAGCGUUAUCCGGGUGACUACAACUGGGAUCAGGUGACCAAGAGCGCUACCGGACAGGCCAUGCAGAGGCUGAAGAUGCUACCCUCAAAGGCUGAUCAGAUAAGAUUGCGUAGAGAAGCCACAAUCUAUUGUCCCCCGAAUAGAGGAGUUACCUGUAAUCCACUGAGUGCACCUUGUCUCUUCCAUAUCAUCAGGGAUCCAUGCGAGCAAAAUAAUGUGGCCAAGCAGUAUCCCAGUGUGCUGGAUCUUAUGCUUAACGAGCUGAAAUUGAUUAAUGCCACAGCUGUCCCACCCUCAAACAAACCUGACGAUCCUCAUGCUAAUCCUCGCCUCUGGAACUAUACAUGGACUAAUUUCGGUGAUUUCACUGAGGCUAAGAAUAAUUUCAUUAGCAAUUCCCCAAACUUGAUACAAAAUUGUAUCUGAAAAUGUUGACUAAUCUUUAAUGUUAUUUCUGAUAUGAAAAUGAGAUUGAACUGAAAUUUUAUGACAUUAAUCACGUACUUUAUAGAUACUUUGGGAAACUGGUUAUUUUUAGAAGCAUAUUUUAAUAUUUACAUAAUAAAAUUGUUAUAAAAUUUUCAAAAUUCAAA